AUGAGUUUGGUAAACCAGAGUUCUGUACAAGAGUUCAUUCUUUGUGGCCUAACAGAAAAACCCAACUUACAGAUUGUGCUCUUUGCCCUCUUCCUAUUAUUGUACAUCUUCACCAUACUAGGAAACACUGGGAUUAUGGUUAUAACGAAGGUUGACCCAAGCUUGAACACACCUAUGUAUUUUUUUCUGCAUCAUCUCUCUUUCUCUGAUCUCUGUUAUUCCUCUGUAAUCACUCCAGAGAUGCUGGCCAACUUUUUCCGCCAACGGAAGUCCAUCUCCUUUGUUGGCUGUGCUGCUCAGAUGUUCAUCUUUGUGACAUUUGGUGCCAUGGAAUGUUUCCUCCUUGGUAUCAUGGCCUACGAUAGAUAUUAUGCUAUCUGUAAGCCAUUUUUCUACUCUGUUGCUAUGAAUAGCUGCUAUUGUAUCAAACUUGUAGCUGCUGCUUAUGUUGGCAGUGUCAUAAAUGCUUUGGUUCACACCAUAGGAACUUUCUCAUUGAGGUUCUGCAAAUCCAACGUCAUCAAGCAUUUCUACUGUGACAUCCCACCUCUUCUGAGUCUUUCCUGCUCUGAUACAACCAUUAACCAAUUUCUACUAGUUAUUUUUGGUAUCUUGACUUCAUGGUUCUCCCUUAUCGUAAUCAUCAUCUCCUAUGCCUACAUCAUUUCCACUGUCAUCCAAAUACGAUCCAACCAAGGUCGGUUUAAAGUCUUCUCAACAUGUGGUUCUCAUUUCACUGCUGUCAGCAUGUUCUAUGGAGCCCUAUUCUUUAUGUACUUCCGUCCUGCAAAGAGUUUUUCUGUGGGGCAGGACAGUGUAGUCUCAAUAUUUUAUACUAUUAUGAUUCCCAUGUUGAAUCCAGUGAUAUACAGCCUUCGGAACCAAGACGUCAAAGAGGCACUGAAAAAAAACAUUCAAAGGGUUGUUUGGUAUCAUUGA